AUGGACCUCGCGCACGCGGUGACGGUCGUCCUCGUCGUCCUCGCGGUCGUGCGAGGUGUGGACGGACGAGCGUUCCCCGAAAGUGAAAAGAUUGGAACUCUCAACGACGACCGUGGAUCUCUCUGUCGCGUCUCGCACGCCUCCGUCUCGCGCGUCGCGGACGAUCGCGGACGAUCGUGCGAGUGGUACGACGUCGAUACCGUGAGUGGGUGCUGUCCGACGACGAGCGCGACGCACUCGUGCGAGAAGUGCGACGCGGCGGUUGAGUGUUGCGAACGGUACGAGACGUGCGUGUCGUGUUGCUUGGCGCCGGCGAGGCGGGCGACGCUGGAGACGGAGAUGCGCACGCAUGCAAGGGGAAGAAAUCAGGUGGUGACGGGGUUUUUCGACGACCCGUUUGAUUUUUGUGCGAAUCGUUGUCGCACGCAACCAAGCGUCACGUUGCACGAGAACGAGUACGCGUACUCAACCAAGCACUGCUUUGGCGAUUACCCGAAGAACGAGGAUCCGGUGCCGGUGAAGGGUCAGGGGAAGAAGUCGUUCGCCGGAGAUUCCCCGGACGAAUCGUAG